AUGGCAUGUGCAAAAAAAUACAGUAUCGACUCAACGUCAUCAUGGUCAGAAUGUAGUGAUUUUUAUAUAGCUUGUCGAAACGGAGAUACAAAGACAGUAAAACAACUUUUAGUAACUCUUAGCCUUGAAGAGCUAAAUCGUGAAGAGCCAAAUGGAUCAACUGCAUUACACGCUGCCAGUUAUUACGGUCACUUCGAUAUCGUUCGAUUAUUACUUAAUGCGGGUGCUUCUCGAUCGAUAAAAAAUAAAUUCGAAUGUUGUCCUUAUGAUGAGGGAAAAACACCCGAAAUCAGAGGACUCUUCUUCAGAGGAAAGUGUGAUCGAUAUGGCGACGAUGUUUCAACACAACUAGAAUGGCUUAAAGUCAAUACAACUUCAUCUAUUUAUCGGAAGGCUAUAUAUCGACGUUUAUGGCUAAAAUCAGCAUGGAAUGAAACGAAAAUGUUGAAUAGAAUUGACUGGAUGAUUGAAAAUUAUUUGACCGAAAGGUUAUCCAAUGCUACUGAACGAUCAAUGAUACAAUUCUUUUUUACAAAAACUAAACUGACCAAAGAUCCUAUAUGGUUAGUCAAAGCCUACACAGCUGAAACUGAAUAUUAUAGAAAGUUGAACAGAGAUUUUGCAUCAGAAGAUUUUACUAAGAAUUGGGAAGCAAGUAUGGAGCAAUGGAUUGUAGCUGCAUUAUAUAAUCAUCCAGCAUUAGAACAAUUUAGUUUUAAAGGUGAAACGUAUCGUGGAGCUAAAAUGAACGAUUUUGACAUUUCUCAAUAUAAAGUUGGCACACACGUCAUGAAUAAAUCAUUUUUGUCAACGUCAAAAGAACAAAAAAUAGCCGAAAACUUUGCUAUUGGAGGGGAUUCAUCAAAAUAUUCUGUUUUAUGCAAAUAUGAAACACGAAAUGAACGAACUGCAUUAGCAAUCGAAACAAUGUCUGAAUUUCCGGGAGAAAAAGAAGUACUUAUAUUACCGUAUGCAGCAUUUAAAGUUAUCAAUGUUAUAAAAUAUGACAAAAGUAAAGCAAAGGAAAAGUUUAGUUUAGAUUAUGAGUUUCAUUUAAGAGAAUGUAAAUCAAUGCCGAAAGAGAUGGGACAAAAGUUGAAAUUUCUAUUUACAAAUGCACAUCAAUCGGCAAUGUUAGACGAUUUCGAACUAUCACAACAGCUAGAAUCAUUUAGUUUCUGA